GUGCAGGGCAGUGUAGUGCAGUGCAGGGCAGUGUAGUGCAGGGCAGUGCCCUCGGCCAGUAUCCCAGGGCUCAGCUCAGUCAAAGGGUCGGUUAUCAUUGUCACCGCCACUGAAGUGACUGUGUUCGGGGAGUGGUUAAGCGCUGUGUGUACAGUGAGGGAGUGGCUGUGCGCGGGGGGUGUGCGGGAGAGAGGGAGAGAGGGAGAGGUUUGAGCGGCUCUCAGUCAGUGAUUGUCGGACGGGACCGCGCGGCGGAGCUCAGACUCACAGCGGAGCGGCUCAGCAGAGAGUUUGGUGGCCCGCGGGCCGGACGGGCCGGAGCGCUGCACCCGAGAGCCGCCCUCACAGUGACGGGUGGACAGGAAAACCGAUCACCGGCGGCGGCUCAACACCGAGAACACCGUCAAAAGCGAAAACCACAGUGACACAUGGACAACUUUCGAGGUCUCAGGAGGAGCUUCAGGAGGCUGACCUGGCCCGCAAGGCCACAGUCCAGAGGAGUUGGUGAGAAAGGGAAUUCGGUGGAGAGGAGCCUCUCACAAGAGGACACAAAGGUGAAGGAGACCUCGUGGCACUGUGGCAAGCUCUUCUUCGAAUACCUGGUCGUUGUGUCACUCAAGAAAUCUGGAGCCAGUUAUGAACCACAGAUAACAUACCAGUUUCCCAAGAGAGAGAAUCUGCUGCGCUCUCAGAAGGAGGAGGAGGAGAGCUUACUUAAAGCUAUUCCGCUCUUCUGCUUCCCGGAUGGCAAGAGCUGGGCCCCACUCACUGAGUACAAGAGUGAGACCUUCUCCUUUGUUCUGACCGAUAUUGAUGGCAGUCGGAAGUUUGGAUACUGCAGGCGGCUUUUGCCAGGUGGGAAGGGGGCCCGGCUGCCUGAGGUUUUCUGUAUCAUCAGCUGCCUGGGCUGUUUCGGCCUCUUCUCUAAGAUCCUGGAUGAGGUAGAGAAGAGACGGCAGAUCUGCACGGCCGUGAUAUACCCCUUCAUGCAGGCACUAAGAGAGUGUCCCUUCCCAGCUCCUGGGAAAACUGUUCGUGUGAAGAGCUUCAUCCCGGAUUCAGGAACAGAGAUCAUCGAGCUGACCCGGCCCCUUGACUCCAGGCUGGAGCAUGUGGACCUAGCAUCAGUCUUGCUCUAUUUAUCAGAAGAAUAUAUCAUCCAGAUCUUUGCUUCAGUGCUGCUGGAGAGACGCGUGAUAUUCCUGGCAGAGGAGCUCAGCAUUCUCUCACAAUGUAUCCACGCCAUCGCUGCCCUGCUCUACCCCUUCACAUGGCAACACACCUACAUCCCCGUGCUGCCAGAGGUCAUGAUAGAUAGCGUCUGCUCUCCAACCCCUUUCAUGAUGGGUGUCCAGAUAUCAUUCCUGGAGAGGCUGCAAGAUCUACCCAUCGAGGAUUGUCUGAUUGUGGACCUCUGCCAUGGGACGUUUAUAAAAAAGGUCGGCGAUGAAGAAGAGAUUCUACCCCACAAGCUGUAUAAGGAGCUGCUGGGGACACUGAAGAGCCAGAGAGACACCUGCAAGUCCACUGAAGAGUUGAACAAAAUGGUGACAAACCUUUUUGUGCUAUUCUUUGUUAAAACCAUCGGACAUUAUUCCAACCAUCUCAAGCACCAGAAAACAACGGCGAAAUUCCAGCCCAAAGCCUUCCGCAAGUCUGUUUCUUCCAAGUCAAUCCAGAAGUUCCUUAAAAAUUUCAUGGAUACGCAGAUGUUCCACCUAUUUAUAGAGGAAUUGGAGCGCCACCCAAACUCCCAGGAAGGAUUCUUUGAGAAGAAAAUCUCUGAGUAUCACGAGAAGAGGAAGAAUUGAGGAGGAGGCUUGGUAGCCAGCCCCAGUCAGGACUCAGGAGAUUAAUGUGGACAAACUGUGAUAGGCUUCUGGACAAGGAGCCUUCCAAACCAAGAAGUCCCAGGACGAAAGAAUGGGGCAAAUUCCCCAAAAUAUCAACAUUUUGGCGUGUAAAUUGCUAAUAGUCUGCAAGAAUUGUAAUUUGUUUAUAUUUAAGUAGGAUAUUUGGGGUAAAGCCCUUUAUACUGUUUACAAAGGGAUUUGGUGCAGAGGAUUGAAAUCAUUCAAACAAUGUCUUUGAUAGACAGUAACACCUCAGGUAUCUUCACAGAAAUUCAUGACUAACUAAGUUCUAAGUUCUGAGUGGGAGGCCCCCCCUCCCCCCCAACCUGCUGCCACAAAGGGUCUUGGCACUGAGGUACCUCUCUGUGUGAGCACUUUCAUUCUUGGUCUAUUGCUCUGACAUUUCAAAGCCAAUUGUAAAUAGAAAUAUUGAGAUUGUGUUGAAUGUAACUUGUGAUUCCGCUGGUGAAACCUUUAUCGACGGACAGGGGUUGGGAUUUUAAUUGUGCCGAUUGUAAAUAGCAAUGCAAAAGAGUCAAAUAAAUCUAGAGACUGUGA